AUGGAGACUCGAGAUGGGUUUAUAGAGCGACUCUCGAGGACGUAUCGAGACUCGAAUGUCUUUAUCUUUAGCCUUCCACCAGAAGCGGGGAAAUACGACCUAGAAGGCGCGAAUUGUCCCUCGUGCCCGAUGUAUCUCAGCAGCUCGUACAAACUCAAGCGUACUCCGUCCGGCUACGUUUGUUCAUCUACUUUGACAGGUCACAUAAUACAUGCGUUCUUCAUAGACGACCUCGAGCUCUGGGUGACCGACUUCAAUGCUAUUGGCGAAGUUGGGCAAGAGUUGGCCCUCAUUUCCCAGGUCGCCAGUCCCCGACUCAAUGCUGAUAUUUCAUUCGGCACCGGUGGUCAGCAAGCAGCUUCCCAGCCCCAAAUAGAUGUCUCUUCAAGGAGGGAGGAACACUCGGGCUUACUCGCGGUAGAGGAAUCAGGAGCUGAUGAACCUAUUCCAUCGGAACAAGACGGUUCAGCGGAAUCUUGGGACGUGGAAAUCAUGUACUGGCCUCCAAAGCCCGGUGAUGGCUAUCUUGCUUGGCCUCCUCGUGUAACGCAGGUUCCUUAUCGAAUCCUCUCUGACGACGAGGUAGUAGUCAACAUAAGGUCCGAACUUCCGCCCGAGCUUCAACGUGCACUUUAUGGUACCGAAUCAGACUGGAGAUACGUCUCAUAUUACGACAUGGAGCGGUCUAUAUGGGUGACCGACGCCGUUUCGCCUGAGUGGGCUCCCGUCGUUAGGGGCCGCCCGCUCCUUCUCCGCCAUUUCACAGUGCAAGACGACCAAUGCUUAGGUUGGGAAGCCACCGUUGAAGCUGCUGGCUUCAAGGUGCUUAGACCAAUCUUGGAAGGACAAGUCGAAGAGUCAUCAACCAAAUCCAAGUCUAACGAGGGCUUGGAUUCUCGAUCUACAAAGCGUCGACGCGUCUGCCUCGCCAGGCCACAGAGUACCUCUACGAAAACUCCUAGGAAUAUCCGGAGAGACAGAAGAGAGCGUCAGUAUGAUCGCGGAUCCAGUCGAGGAAAACCGAGUUGGUGGAUGACCAUGUCCGCCGGCGGGGUCAUCACUGGUCUGAAGGAGAUAGAAAGACUGAAAGGUGUUGAUGUGAGAGCAACACUAAGACAGCGUUUUGAGCGAGUCUUCCCAGAGAAGCAAUUCGCGCUCUCGACUGUGAAGCGGAUGAUUACUGCCUUCAACUGCUUAUCCGAAGACGAUAUCAAGCGAUAUUCGAACCAGGACUCGGAACGUCCAUGGAGUGAAGUCUACGCACGGGCAAAGUAG